AUGUCGACCCCCAAAGUAUGGGCCCAGCCUGGAUGGCACGACUAUCUAGCGGCUCGAAAUUCUAGAUUGCCUUGUCUCCCAGCAGUUACAAAACUCAGCGAAGAGGUUGUCCGGAUAAUGGGUGGGAACCCAGGUGACAUGCAAAUGCAAGGAACCAACACAUAUCUUGUUGGAAGUGGUGAAGCAAGAAUUUUGAUAGAUACGGGACAGGGCUUCCCAAUCUGGCUCACCACACUGGUCGAUUUUCUUCAACAACAUCAAUUGAGAAUCUCCCACGUACUUUUGACCCACUGGCAUCCUGAUCAUACCGGUGGUCUCCCGGCGCUACUCGCUCAAUAUCCACAUUUAACGAAUUCUGUCAGCAAGGCCCACCCUGACAGAGGCCAGACUUCGAUUCACGAUGGGCAAUUAUUUACAACAGAAGGCGCUACGCUAAGAGCUUUAUUUACUCCUGGGCAUAGCAUGGACCAUAUGUGUUUUGUCCUGGAGGAGACUGGCGCCAUGUUCACCGGCGACAAUAUACUCGGGCAUGGAAACAGUGUGGUUGUGGAAAAUCUAGGGCGCUACAUGAAAAGUCUCGAUGUAAUGAGAGAGAAUGUUCAUAGCGCAGCGAUCGAAGUCGGAUAUCCAGGGCAUGGGGCUGUGAUUGAAGACUUACCUUCAAAGGUUACUGUGUAUACGAGACAUUGGGAAACGCGGGAGAAAAUGGUUACAUCGGUUUUCUUGGGGGCCAAUACGACAAAAAAGUCAUUCUUAACGACCCGAGAGAUCACAGCGCACCUCUAUGGACCCGCAAUGGAUGCAAUGGCGGGCCCGUUCAUAGCGCAGGUCUUGUCGAAACUAGCCGAGGAAGGAAAGGUCAGCUUCAUUGUAUUGGCACAGGAGAAGAAGUGGUUUCUACUUCGAAAUUAA